AAAUCAUCUAGGAUUUCUGAUGCAUAUUUACAAAAAAUCAAAGGAGCAUUUCUUGACUCUUUGUAUGCUUAUUUGGAUGGCUUAGUACAUUUAGUGUUUUCGGAGUAUACGCCACUUGAAUCAUGCGAUAAAGAACCUACUGAAAUGAUUCAAAAAUUUAGGAUUGACCCGAAACAAAUA